UUUCAGUUAGUAUAUCGCGCAAUUUCAUAGUGUUGGGAUUGUCGGUGCGCGAUCUGCUUGGAGUCCUCAGAUACUUUGAGGUACCAGUGAAAUUCUCACGCUUGGGAUUAAGAUAAGUGCAAAAUACAUACUUGAAUACUUUGUGUGCAACCAAAGCAAGUGCGCCGAAGACUGUUGACACAAAGAUACUAAUUAAAAUUUUCCUGGGACGCUGCCAAAGUGUGAAUAGCGCGAUUAAGUGAAUCAAUCAAUUUGAAGUUUUUAUGCGAGAGUGAGUGUUUGGGUAGAAACGAGUAAAACUCCUAUUCUUGCAGUAAAAAUAGCCACUGCUGCUCAUUGAGAAAAGUGUGUUCCAGAUUACAGUACUUCCCUUUGUUGUUGAUAAUCAAAUAAUAUGUCAGCGAUUGUGAGACGACCGCAGCUUGAAGAUGAUCAAAAGUUUGCGCUUAUGAAGUUUCGAAAAACCGUUGAAGAUAUUUUGGGACCAGAUGAUGACGAUUAUUUCCUUCUUCGCUGGCUCAGAGCCAGAAAAUGGAACAUAGAAGCUGCCGAAAAAAUGUUGCGAAGUGCUCAUCGAAACAAGCAAACGUGGAUAGGUACCAAUUGGAAGGAGCCGCAAGUCCUGAAAGAAUACCUUCCAUAUGGACUCAUCGGCUGUGAUAACGAAGGAUCACCUACCAUCCUUGUCCCAUUUUCUGGACUUGAUCUUUAUGGAAUUUUGCACUGCACCUCGGCGUCGGAGUUUGUACGAAAAACAGUCUUACUACUUGAGCAUUUCUCGAAGGUUGGCUUUGAGCAAAGUAAAACCAAAGGAGUGCUAGCUAGGCAGUUCGUUGUGAUAUGUGAUAUGACUGAUUUUAACAUUAAGCAAUACGCAUGGAGGCCAGCUGCUGAAUUGAUUAUUUCCCUGGUGAAAAACUAUGAGUUGCACUACCCAGAAACAUUAAAAAUUUGUUAUAUAAUAAACGCUCCAAAGGUAUUUUCUGUUGCCUUCAAUUUCAUUAAAAAAUUCAUGGAUGAUUAUACGAGAAGCAAAAUCUGCAUUUUCAACCACGGUUCAACGAAAUGGCAAAAGCUCUUAUUCGAACAUCUAGACCCGAAGAUAUUCCCCAAAUACUAUGGCGGGGAAUUGACUGAUGAAGAUGGAGACCCAAAGUGUAAAUCGAAGAUUUGCUGGGGAGGAAAAGUCCCAGAGGAAAUGUAUACGAAACGUGACGAUAAAAACAAUAAUGCAAACUACAUUGACACUGUCAUUGAGAAGGGGAAAAAAUUGAAAAUUGAAUUAAAUUGUGAUAUUGCGGGAAGCGUAUUGAGACACGGAAUCAGUGCUCAGAAUUCUUUCAAUGAAUGGGAUAACUGUUGCCAUCUAUUUUUGUCAGGAUUCGCAAAAGAUAAUAGGGCCCAAGCUGGGAUUUUAGCACCAUUGACCAUGACAUCCGCUUUGGUAUUAAGAGUGUUGACAAUAAAACUGGUGAAAGCCAUUCCGAAGUGCCGCUCACGAGGGUUAUCUCAAACGAAAUGGACGAGGCCGGCUACAUUACUUGUCGUGGAGGAACCAAGUAUGUUGUCGUGUUCGACAAUUCCUACAGUUAUCUGAGAAGCAAGAAACUGAAGUAUUGCGUUGAAAUCACUCCUCCAUUGGAAGAACUUGAGAAAGGCGCUGAUGAUAUUAAUGAUCAAAUUGAAAACUUACAAAUUAAGUAAAUUAUAUACUAAAAAAGGCAAUAAUGCAAGCGGGUAUCUAGUGGUUUAAAAAAUAGUCUUACUGUAAAUACUUCUUUUAUGCAGAACAAUCCUGUGAUGGUUAAUAUACUAUAGGAUAGUGUUUAGAUAUUUUGCACGAAUGAAUCAUUUGAAUGAUUGAAAGGUUAAAGUUACAUAAGGAAUCAAACUGCAACAGGUUGGCAAGAAGAUAAUAGUUUAACAAAAAAACACAUAACUACUUCCUGAGUUCUGGCAACUAACGUACACCUUUAUCUGUGGUUUCGAAUUAUAUUGUUUGAAACAAACUGUUAAAUUCGUUAAAAAUAUUAAAAAUAAAUGUUAUGAAAUUAAGGUA